AUGUCCUUUAAAGUCGAAGCAGAAAUCUCCCAGUUUGGAGGAAAGUUAUACAAGUUGUCCCAUGAGUCUACAUCGACAAAUACAAAGAUGGACGUGAACGUCUACGUUCCUGGUUCGUCUCCAAAAACCAAGAUCCCUGUGUUGUUGUAUCUUUCAGGCUUAACUUGCACCCCAAAUAAUGCCACCGAGAAGUCAUUUUUACAGUACUUUGCUGGUAAGUACGGUUUCGCAGUGGUAUUCCCAGACACUUCUCCUCGUGGUGCCAACAUCGAAGGGGAAGAUGACUCCUGGGAUUUUGGAACUGGGGCUGGAUUCUAUGUUGAUGCUACAGAGGACAAAUGGCUGAAAAAUUACAACAUGUACUCAUAUGUACACAAGGAAUUGUUGACUGAACUUGAAAAGCACUUUUCGGCGUUGGACUUCUCCAAUAUCUCCAUCACUGGCCACUCAAUGGGAGGCUACGGAGCUUUGGCGGGUUUCUUCAAGAAUCCUGGACAGUACAAAUCGGUGAGUGCAUUUGCACCAAUUUCUAAUCCUCUGAGCUGUCCAUGGGGUGAAAAGAACUUUGGAAACUACCUUGGUUCCGACAAGUCCAAAUGGGAGGAAUAUGACCCCAGUCACUUGAUCAAGAAAUAUGCUGGUGCCAACCAACCGGAUAUUUUAAUUCACCAAGGUGCUGCGGACCCAUUCUACUUCAGAGAUCACCAAUUGCAACCAGAAAACUUGGUGGCUGCUGCAAAGGACUCGAACUACAAGGGAAAGGUCUUAUUGAAUGUAGUAGAAGGCUACGACCAUUCGUAUUUUUUUAUUAGUUCGUUUGUCGAGGACCACGCUAAGCACCAUAUAAAGUAUUUGGGGUUGUCUGAAUAA